UAGUAGCUGCUCUUGGUUCCUAGGAAUCCCUCAUUGCCCAUUUCCUUGCUCUGCUCGUACCUCCCUCCUCUUCUCUGUUUCUUCCCAUCUUGGGCAAUCGAGAAAUGGCGAAACCCGCUUUCGCAGUAGCGACUCUUCUCGCGUGCUCUUACCUUGCCGUGGCUGUCAAUGCCUUCUCUCCCUCAGGGUGGACUAAAGCCCAUGCCACCUUCUAUGGAGGGAGUGAUGCUUCAGGAACUAUGGGAGGAGCAUGUGGAUAUGGGGAUUUGUAUUCGGCUGGGUAUGGAACUAGAACAGCUGCUCUGAGCACUGCUCUGUUCAAUGACGGUGCUUCGUGUGGACAGUGCUACAAAAUCAUAUGUGACCACAAUGCAGACACCCAGUGGUGCAGGAAGGGAGUGUCCGUGACCGUCACUGCGACCAACUUUUGCCCUCCAAACUUUGCUCUUCCGAGCAAUAAUGGUGGCUGGUGUAACCCUCCCCUCCAACAUUUCGACAUGGCUGAGCCCGCGUGGGAAAAGAUCGGCAUCUACAGGGGCGGGAUCGUCCCCGUCUUGUUCCAAAGGGUCCCCUGCAAGAAGCACGGGGGUGUGAGAUUCACCAUCAACGGUCGGGACUACUUCGAGCUCGUCCUCAUCACCAACGUCGCCGGAAGUGGAUCGAUCCAAUCUGUUUCGAUCAAAGGGACGAGAGCGGGCUGGAUGGCGAUGUCCAGGAACUGGGGGGCCAAUUGGCAGUCCAAUUCCUAUCUAAACGGCCAGUCCCUAUCUUUCAGGGUCACCACUACCGACGGAGAGACUCGGGUCUUCGAAGACAUCGUGCCGUCGAACUGGGCUUUCGGCCAAACAUUUUCGAGCUCUGUGCAGUUUUGAUUCAGUGAAGAAGGGUGUGGCCGUGUGAGCGGGAAACCCUGAAAGUUUCAGGAAGUCGGGUUCACUUGUUGGCAGAGGCGUGCUUGUUGCUUUCAAUGCUUUGCUGAAGCAGCCCGCCAUGGCUUGGAGGAGAAGUGCUUAGCUUCAAAUCUAUGCGGAGAUGAGACUGAGAGAUCAAAUUAGUGAAUUUAGCCGUUGCUCUUGUUUCUUCUUUUUUUUUUUUUUUGAGCUCUAAAGAAAGCACACAAUAUCAUAUGGAAGAUGGAAAUUGCUGAGGGACGAUUUUAUGCAGCCUGGAGUUUUACUCUGAUUCGUUGGAUUAUUAAUGCAGAAAUCAAUAAAAAGCACAAUGAAAUAGUAGCUUGCUCGUUUGGAAUAAUGUAA